AAUCCCACGCCGCAGCAGCCCAGCCCACAUCUCUUCCCCACUGCACUCCCCGCUUUCGUCACUCCUUUCCUUUACAGUCGUCUCUUCCUCCUCCUGCAUCCUAAUCGAUCUUCGUCUUCUUCUUCUUAUUAGCUGAAUCGGGUUUUCCAAGACCAGAUGGGAGAGCUGGCAGCUGAGAAACAUGUUCAAUUCAUUCUCUCAGUCGAAAAGAAGAAGGACUCUUUGGAGGCUGUGGCAAUGGAGCAUCUAAGAAUGAAUGGGGCAUACUGGGGUUUGACAACUCUGGAUCUUCUCGGAAAGAUUGAGGUUGUCGAUGUCAAUGAGAUUGUUUCGUGGGUACUACAGUGCCAGCAUGACUCAGGUGGGUUUGGCGGUAACAUUGGGCACGAUCCACAUGUACUAUAUACCUUAAGCGCUGUGCAGGUCUUGGCCCUGUUUAACAAGAUUGAUGUUCUGGACGUUGACAAGGUUGCAAGUUAUGUUGCUGCACUGCAAAACGAAGAUGGAUCAUUUUCCGGGGACAUGUGGGGUGAAAUUGAUACAAGGUUUUCUUACAUUGCUAUAUUGUGUCUCGCGCUACUACAUCGAUUGGACAAAAUCAAUGUGGAGAAGGCCGUGAACUACAUUGUAAGUUGUAAAAAUCAUGAUGGCGGAUUUGGAUGCACACCUGGUGCGGAGUCUCAUGCAGGUCAAAUUUUCUGUUGUGUGGGUGCUCUUGCUAUUACGGGUUCUCUACAUCAUAUUGACAAAGACCUUCUUGGGUGGUGGUUAUGUGAGCGGCAAGUUAAUUCUGGAGACAUUCUUAUCAAAUCAAAAGCUAAACCUGGAGGCCUUAAUGGCCGUCCAGAGAAACUUCCUGAUGUCUGCUACUCAUGGUGGGUUCUUUCUAGUUUGGUCAUGAUUGACAGAGUUCAUUGGAUUGAUAAGGAAAAGCUUGUCAAGUUCAUUUUAGACUGCCAGGACAUUGAAAAUGGAGGAAUUUCUGACAGACCAGACGAUGCUGUUGAUGUCUACCACACAUACUUUGGUGUAGCUGGACUUUCCCUUCUUGAAUAUCCCGAGGUGAAGGCCCUAGAUCCAGCUUAUGCUUUGCCAGUUGAUGUUGUGAAUAGGGUUAUCUUGGGCAAAUAAAGAAAAUUUUGCAGACAUGAGGCUGCAGAAAGCAGAAGGAAAUCACAUAUUGCCAAGCCCACAUCCUCCUCCCCAUUCCUAAUAAGGUCAAGAGUUCUCUAACACCAGGUGUUUCUGGUGGGGCUGAUACCCCAAUUGCUCCUUCACCGGCUCCGACCGCAAGAUGAUAUCAGGCCAUCAGAUUAAUAUAUAUCAAUUUAUUAGCUAUUUACAUGUAAAUAUAUAUUGUCACUAAUACUAUGUUUGGAUGAAGAAAUUUAUUGUUACUAUAGAAUUUUAAAAUGAUGGAAAUUGAAAUGACGGAACUUUAUUUUCUAGAA